AUGCCGUAUGCCAACCAGCCCACCGUGCGGAUCACGGAGCUCACGGACGAGAACGUCAAGUUCAUCAUCGAGAACACGGACCUAGCGGUGGCUAAUUCUAUUCGGAGGGUCUUCAUCGCCGAGGUGCCCAUAAUAGCCAUUGACUGGGUUCAGAUCGACGCCAAUUCCUCAGUCCUUCACGACGAAUUCAUCGCUCACAGGCUUGGGCUAAUCCCCCUCACCAGCGAUGACAUUGUGGACAAGCUGCAGUACUCGCGGGACUGCACGUGCGAGGAGUUCUGCUCGGAGUGCUCGGUGGAGUUCACUCUGGACGUGCGGUGCAACGAAGACCAGACUCGUCACGUCACGUCUCGAGACCUCAUCUCCAACAGCCCCCGGGUCAUUCCGGUGACAUCCCGGAACCGAGAUAACGACCCUAAUGACUACGUGGACCAGGAUGACAUCCUCAUUGUCAAGCUGCGCAAGGGCCAGGAGCUGCGCCUCCGCGCCUAUGCCAAGAAGGGCUUUGGCAAGGAGCAUGCUAAGUGGAACCCGACUGCAGGCGUGGCUUUUGAAUAUGAUCCCGACAAUGCCCUGAGGCACACGGUGUACCCCAAGCCGGAGGAGUGGCCAAAGAGCGAGUACUCAGAGCUGGAUGAAGACGAGUCCCAGGCUCCGUACGACCCCAAUGGCAAGCCGGAGAGGUUUUACUACAACGUGGAGUCCUGUGGCUCUCUGCGCCCUGAGACCAUCGUCCUCUCGGCCCUUUCUGGGCUGAAGAAGAAGCUGAGUGAUUUACAGACCCAGCUGAGCCACGAGAUCCAGAGUGACGUCCUCACCAUAAACUAA